AUGGAUAGGAUAUUUCGCCCAGAGAAGUUUGACAUCGAGCCCACAGCACCUCAAGCAGCAGAGCAUUGGCAGCACUGGUAUGAAACGUUUAACAAUUUUAUAUCGGUAGUAUCAGUAGACAAUCUUGAUACUAAGAAACUACUGAUAAACUAUAUCUCUCCUGCUGUAUAUCAAAUGAUACUUGAUAAAGAGACAUUUGAUGAAGCAAUCCAGACUCUAAAUGGCAUCUACAUACAACCAAAGAAUGAGAUGUUUGCUAGGCACAGGUUAGCUACUUGCAAACAAGAGCAAGGUCAAUCGAUAGACGCCUACAUGCAGAAAUUAAGAAUUCUAUCCAAAGAUUGCAACUUCAAAGCGGUGACUGCUGAACAACACAGAGAAGAGGCUAUUAGAGAUUCGUUUAUCAAUGGACUAGUGUCCAACAGCAUUCGAAAACGUCUACUUAAAAAGACUGUUUUGAGUUUAAAGGACGCCUUCGAGGAGGCUCGCUUACUAGAACAUGCUUAUCAGCACUCAUUACAGUAUGAAUCAUCACAGCAGGAAACUAAUUGCGCGGCAACUACUCCCACCAAUUCUUCGGCCUCACCCUUGCCAAAUGUAACGAUUCCUCAAAGUGCAAGCAAUUCACACACACAUGAAAUAAAUGCAUUAGCUAGCAAGUGUUACUUCUGCGGCAGGGUUAAGCAUCCCCGCUCUCGAUGCCCUGCAAGGGAAGCCACAUGCAAUCAGUGCUUCAAAAAGGGUCACUUUCAAAGAGUUUGCAAAUCUAGAUCAUCAACAGUUUCGGCUAUCGCUACUGUGCAGCCUUUGAAUUUAAAUAAAUCUACAAUACCAAUUUGCAUCAACAACGUGCAAUUGAAAGCCCUAGUAGACACUGGGAGCUGUGAAAGCUAUAUUUCGACGCGCAUCUCUAAGAAGCACAAAUGGCAGACAUGUUCCUCAGGCAACAGAAUCUUCAUGGCUUCCACCCAUCUAUCUCGAAUCAAUCAAGGACAUAUCUACGCUAACAUACGUCUAAAAAAUGAACGAUACGAGGGAGUUAAACUUUCUCUACUAGACAAUUUAUUUUUAUGCUCUGACGUAAUUCUUGGACUUGACUUUAUAAGUUUGCACCAAAAUUUGUUUAUUCCUUUCGAUGGUCAGAAACCAUCGUUGUGCCUGAGUACUCUCCAGCCAGCGAGGGUAGAGGCUCCUAACCUAUUUAGUAAUCUGUCACCAAACUGUACCCCAGUGGAUACAAAGUCUCGCAGAUACUCAAUUCCAGAUAGAAAGUUUAUAGAGAAGGAAAUUCAACAACUGAUAAAGGAUGAGAUUAUUGAACCAUCUUAA